CCCCGCUGCGGCGGGCGAGAGGCGGGGCGGGGCGCGGUGUAUAUAAGGCGAGGGGCGGGCGCCGCUCUUUGGUCUCUUGCUGCAGCAAGGCGAGUGGGAGCACCUGGAGCGCGAGCUCGGAACGAGACUCCACGGGUUCUAAGAAAAUGGCAGACAAGCCGGACAUGGGGGAAAUCGCCAGCUUCGAUAAGGCCAAGCUGAAGAAGACCGAGACGCAGGAGAAGAACACCCUGCCGACCAAAGAGAGUGAGUUCGCCCCCGCCUCCGGGUUCCCACCCCAGCACUCCACCCUUCCCUGCUGUGCCAGCCCGGCACCCCCCACCCCCAUCCGGCCACCACUGCCCAGCCCGAAUCUGAUGUGA